AUGGCUCUACGAUUGCUGGAGGACAGGAACCAUCACGUCACCACCCAAGACGUUUACAACCUACUGUUGCUCGGAUGCCAUGCUGGCCGGACAGAUAUCUUCAAGCACGUUUUACCGUAUUUGGGAUGGCGCAUGCAGCCCCCCAACUGCCCCGUUGCCUCUUGGGAAGCAACGUAUGCCAUCAGUGAGACCGGACAGCUUGUUUGCUGCUUCGGCAGAAACGGGAUUGAUUUGCCACCAGACCUCGGUCCGGUGGUGGCCUUGGCUGCCGGAUAUCUUCACAUCUGUGCCAUUAAGGCGAGUGGCGAGCUGGUUUGCUUCGCGGAAAAUGAUCCCUAUGUAUCCUUCGGUCAGAGCGAUGUGCCUCCCGACCUCGGUCUGGUGGUGGCAGUGGCUGCCGGAUCUUAUCACACCUGUGCCGUGAAGGCGAGUGGCGAGCUGGUUUGCUUCGGAGACAAUCGCUUUGGUCAGUGCGAUGUGCCUCCCGACCUUGGUCCGGUGCUGGCCGUGGCUGCCGGAUCUGCUCACACCUGUGCCGUGAAGGCGAAUGGCGAGCUGGUUUGCUUCGGAAGCAAUGAGUAUGGUCAGCGCGAUGUGCCUCCCGACCUCGGUCCGGUGGUUGCCGUGGCUGCCGGAGCACAUCACACCUGUGCCGUGAAGGCGAGUGGCGAGCUGGUUUGCUUCGGAGACAAUCGCUGUGGUCAGUGCGACGUGCUUCCCGACCUCGGUGCGGUGGUGGCCGUGGCUGCGAGACAUUUUCACACCUGUGCCGUGAAGGCGAGUGGCGAGCUGGUCUGCUUCGGAGAUAAUCGCUGUGGUCAGUGCGAUGUGCCUGCCGACCCGGUGGUGGCCGUUGCUGCCGGACACCGUCACACUUGUGCCGUGAAGGCGAGUGGCGAGUUGGUGUGUUUCGGGGGGUGUUUGCGGCGCCAUGUGCCGCCAGUCUUCACGGUUCGGCUUGCCUCACAGUCUACCAGCGCACCCACCCCCGAUCCGAUGCAGGAGGUGCUGCAGCCGGUGCAUCACAGCGAGCCUCCAGCUGAAAUCCUGGAGGAGGAGGGUGCCGCAAUCGUGGCAGAACAGGAGGCCUCUUGGAUCGAAUACAACAUCGGAUCCGGCUGGCACGGCAACAGUCAACACUUGCAGUCGCAUGUGCCCGCUGGACUCACUCGGGUGGUGCAUUUGACAUUGAGCCGCACACAUCGCCAGCUGGACACAGAUCUGCAGCAUUCGCUCACCUUGCAGCCAUGUCGACAGACCUUGCAGGAGGAGGGAUUGGACUGGCGCUUGCAGCCGUCCGGCGCCAAGAUCUUCAUGGAGCCUUUCUGCUUCCGAGCCAUCCGCAGUCAUCUGUCCACCAUGCGGCUCAGGCCAUGUGACAUCUUUGUCGCAGAAUGCCUGGAGGAAGAGGUCAUGCGCGUGAUCUGGUCACUGCCCUACAGCCUUGGCGUGGUCCCAAGAAGCUCCCGGGACAUCGCCUUCACUGACUCUGACGGGGAAGCGGUUUUAGUCAGCCGCUCCUUCCUGAACAUUCCAGCGACGACACUCCGCAAUCCGGCCUCCGUCGCGCAGUCCACCACCGAGGCGCGAACACGACAGGGAUAUCACCGGUCCUACCGCGGCACAAACCCGCGCAGAUUCCAAGUGCAGUGA